UUAUAUAAAAGAGUACGCCUGUGACCUUCCAUGGCGUUUUCUCCGGUUCAUACGUUGAUCAGACCCAGCCUCCUCCAAAAUUUUCAGACAUUUAGCAAGAUCCGGACACGAAAAAUGGGUUUUCUUCUGAGUUUAACCUUGGAAAUUGUCAACCUGCCGUUCCCGGAGAAUGUCUCCUUAACCUGUGGAUUCACAACCUGAAGCAGAGAUGAGGUCUUGAUGGAGGACAAGAAAGCGAACUGGAUCGCUUGCUCAUCGGUUCUUGCUCUGAUCGUCGUGAUCAUCGUCGCCCACGCAACUCUCCGGCUUUCCAAGGCCUUUUACCUCGUUCUUGGUGUGGAUGUCGCGUUGAUCCUCUCGGUCUUCGCCUGGCUCGCGGUGAGGAGACACUACAACCGCCGCCGGAUACUGCUUGAGUCACGCUUGGCCGAGGGCCGUGAGCUGAGGCUCGAGUACAGUUUCCUCCGCAAAGUCGCCGGCGUCCCAACCAAGUUCCGGUACAAGGAGAUCGAGGAAGCGACCGAUGGAUUCCAGGCCCUGGUGGGCCGGGGCGCUUCUGCGACGGUCUUCAAAGGGAUCCUGAGCGAUGGCACGGCGGUGGCGGUCAAACGCAUUGACGGCCAGGAGCGUGGCGAGAGGGAGUUCCGGUCAGAAGUCUCCGCAAUUGCGAGCGUGCAGCAUGUGAACCUCGUGCGCCUGAUCGGCUAUUGCUGCGUCCCUGCUGGGCCACGCUUCUUGAUCUACGAGUUCAUCCAGAAUGGUUCGCUGGAUCGCUGGAUUUUCCCCAAGUCGGAGCGGCGGAGUCGGCCUGGAGGCUGCUUGUCGUGGGACCACAGGUGUCGGGUGGCUCUCGAUGUGGCCAAGGCACUUUCAUACCUCCACCAUGAUUGCCGGUCUCGCAUCCUACACCUUGACGUCAAGCCUGAGAACAUACUUAUCAAUGAGAAUUACCGGGCUGUCGUCGCUGAUUUCGGCUUAUCAAAAUUGAUGGGGAAAGACGAAAGCCGGGUUGUUACUACUAUUAGAGGGACAAGAGGGUACUUGGCCCCAGAGUGGCUAUUGGAGCACGGAAUCUCCGAGAAGUCGGACAUCUAUAGCUACGGGAUGGUCCUGCUCGAGAUCAUCGGAGGGCAGAGGAACGUGUGCUUGACUGACAAAAGAAACAGCCGGUCAGGGAGGAAGUGGCAGUACUUCCCCAAGAUCGUGGCUGACAAAUUGAGGGAAGGGAGGCUCAUGGAGGUGGUUGAUCGCCGGCUAUUGGAAGACGGGAGCAUUGAUGAGAGGGAAGUGAAGAGGUUGGUUUUCGUGGCCUUGUGGUGCAUCCAGGAGAGGGCGAGGCUCAGGCCAAGCAUGGCCCGUGUGGUUGAGAUGCUUGAGGGCCGCGUGGCAGUUAACGAGCCCCCUGAAACGGCAAUGAUCGUGGUUGACCUCUUAUCAAUCGAUGAGCAGGAGCGAGGUGAUCCGAAUUGCCCUACAAUUGCCACAUUAGCAGCACAUAAUGUGGAGUCCAAUGUUGCUAGUUCUUCAUGUUCAUUUGCGUUGUCUGUUCUCUCUCCUAGAUAGGUCCAAUCCAAGGUAACAUCAUCAAAACAGGAUGGGUUGCUCUUGGUUGGUGCUCUUAUUCUUUUACCUCUUUCUGUCAAUUAUUGUCAAUCAUUCAACCGUCAAUCUCUUUCUCUAAAAAGAUGAAUUGAGGUUUUGAUCUGA